UCAUGACUGACGGUUAUCUUUUACCUGUUUACGUUCCGGUUUGAGUUUAAAUUAACGUGGUGAUUAUUGUUCAUGUCCCUGUGGCAAGCUUUACCCAUGAUAUACUUAAAUUUUUGAACAUGACUUAUGUGAUUCAUUUGCUCAUUGAAUACUUUUCAAGACCUAAUUUUCUGAAAGUAUUAUUGUACAAGUUUUAAGCUCAGAAAAGUCUCAAUUCCAAACUUCUGAAGCACCCCAGGCCCAUCCAUUUCCUGUAAGAUUUUGCUAUUGGACUUCCCCAAAGAUGAAGGUGUCUGGAUUUUUGGCUCUUAAGAAUCUCUAUAUUCUUGAGAAAACAAUUGGAACCGGCGGGUUUGGAAAAGUUAAGUUGGCCACUCACAUUCUAACUGGUGAGAAAGUAGCCAUAAAGAUAAUGGAAAAAGCAUGUCUCGGUGAUGAUUUACCAAGAAUUGAACAAGAAAUCAAGGCCCUUAAGCAGUUUUCUCAUCAUCACAUUUGCCAACUAUACCAAGUUAUUGAGACUGAAACACACUAUUUCAUGGUCAUUGAAUAUUGUUCUGGCGGAGAGUUGUUUGAUCAUAUUGUAGAAAAAAAUCGACUGAGUGAAAUGGAGUCGAGAUCUUUCUUCCGGCAAAUCUUGUCAGCUGUUGCAUACCUGCAUAGUUUGGGCUAUGCUCAUCGGGAUCUGAAACCGGAAAAUGUAUUGUUGGAUCACGACCAAACUUUGAAAUUGAUCGAUUUUGGAUUGUGUGCAAAGCCAAUUGGUGGCCUUGACGUUCAACUCCUGACAUCAUGUGGCUCACCCACGUAUGCUGCCCCUGAGCUGAUUCAAGGGAAAAAAUACCUCGGACCAGAGGUGGAUGUCUGGAGUAUGGGUGUUUUGCUCUAUGCCAUUCUUUGCGGAUUUUUACCUUUCGACAGUGAUAGAAUUGAAGUUCUCUAUAGAAAAAUUUUGAGAGGCCGUUAUGAAGAACCUGCAUGGCUUUCACAAGGCAGCAAACGCUUAAUCAAAAGAAUGCUUACCUUAGAUCCUCUUCGUAGGGUGACUGUAAAAGAACUUUUAAAUCACGAGUGGGUUCAAUUAGGUUACAAUGAGCCGGUCUCGUUUGAGCCUUUGUAUGAUUUCCAUAUGAAAGAUGAUGCUUGCGUGUCUCUUUUGGCAGAGCACCACAAUUUAAGCUCCAAUGACAUGUGGGCAAAGCUGAGUAGAUGGGAUUAUGAUUACGACACGGCGACUUACCUGAUUUUGGUCUCCCGCAAACGGCAGUCUCUACCUCUGAAACUGAAUCCAGUUUGGAGAGUGCCAACUCGAACUCCGUAUUCUAUCAGCUCCCGUCAAAAUGUUAUGGCAAAUUCGCCAAGCAGCUUCAUGAAUUCACCUAUUCCCCCAGAAAUGAAACCAUUGAAAACAUCUACGCAGAUAUCUUUAGGCAUCACCAAUGAUAAAACGCCCUCUGCCGAAGACUCAACUAGGAAGCGAACUUUACGGAAACGUGCAAGAAGUCCUCUGAAAGAAUCCUCUCGAACUCCUGUCGCUGCGACCCCAGUUAAAAGGAAAAUGUAUGCUGCUAGCUCUGAUAGCAAUGAAAACUCAACGAGGUGUCCGAACUCUCCUGCUCCAAGUGCAACGCCCAGCACUCCUAGUUCUGCUUACAAACUUUUAACAAAUAUUGAAAAGAAAUUCAAUCAAGUUAGGCAGGUGUUGACGCCUCGAAAGAAAGGAACUACUAAAUUGGAACCAGCCGUACUUGCUGGCAAAGCUUUACUAAAUGUAUCGACAGCAUCUAGCUCUAACCCCACAGAAGUUCUAGAACAGUUGAAACAAGCCUUGGCAAAUAAAGGGAUUGAAAGCAAAGCCAAAGGAUUUAUGCUAAGAGGCAAAGCAGAUGUUUGGCAAGGAAAAAGUUGCAAAUUAUCGUUUGAAUUAGAAGUUUGUCUCAUUCCGUCCAUCGCUGGAUCAUCGAAUCUUACAUCGACAAUAGUUGGAAUUCGGCGCAAGAGGCUCAAAGGAGAUUCAUGGUGUUAUAAACAGAUUUGUGAAGAGGUCCUUGGAUUAGCUGGUAGUUCAAAAGAAACCGCUCCAUCAACUUCCAAAGCGUAACUUGUGCUAUUCUAAUUUUUUUUUUUUUUUUAGGGUUUUGAUUUGAUUAUGAUAAUUUUAUUUUUAGUUUGAUUACCCCUUUUUAGUCCAAGACUAGAGGGAAAUGAAAGCCUCAUGCAAUAUUUUUCACCCACCAGUAGACCGAGAGGGAAGUUUUUAGUUGCAAAUUGUGAAGACAAGAGUGAGUCGGAGAAAUAAUUGUAUCUUUAUCAAAACUCAAGAUUGGGUGCAUUCAUUUCACCAGUCUUGAGUUUGCUUUGAUCAAACAUAUUUUUCCAGGUUAGAUACAAUCAUAAAAGUGGUGUAAAGACUCGUUUUAGGGAUACCUACUUUAAUUCCUAAAGGAAUAGAGUUCAGCAAAACAGUCACAUCUACUUUCUGAUUUUUCAAAAUCUGAUACAUCUCCGGUUUUUUUUUUUUUUUUCUUCUAACUUUUCGAAAGGAAGCCAACCAACAUUUUUGCUUAAAAUUUUGGGGAUGUAGCUUUCGGGCAGGAAAAGUUGCAAUAAUUUUUGAGUAAGGAUGGUGGUUAGUUUCCUUCCAAAACAUUAAACUAUCGGAUGAGAUCUUGAAACCGCAACACAGAUGUGACUUGUUUUGCUCAACUGUAUCCAUAUACUUUACACCACUUUAUGAUUGUAUCGACUCUUGAAAGGUAUUAUUAAUGCAAAAUAUCAAAGCUGGUAAAAUGGGCGUUCGCAGUUUUCUCUCGACACAAUUCAAUAUUUGUCUAAUUCAAAGAUGGAUAAAUAGUGAGACGUCUGUAAUUAUAAGCCAUCUAUCUUAACUGAACUCUGAAUGUACCAAAAUUCUCGUUUCAUAUAAAGUGAACUAGAGAGGAGCUUCUUUACAAUUGUUACAAAGAGUCUAAUAACUAAAGUAUGCCGUAGUAUGCCUUUAACUGGAACCAACAUAUUUUUUUUUAAUGACUGCAUUUUGGCCACAGAAUUUUCCCUCGUGUUUUUUUUUUUUGCUGACAAUCAAAAAACCCAAGAUCCAGAUAUUUUAAUUCAUGCACCUUGGGUAUAACGAAUAAACUCUCAAAAUUUCAAGCUAUAACCACUUUUAAAAUGCCAUUUAAAUAAUGUCUAUCCACCGCGUUCUGUUUUCACAGUAUGCCACUGUCUUUCCUGUGUGCAUGAGCACUGUUUGAAAAGCAGCAUAAUUCAAAUCGAAUAGCUUGUAACCUCAUUAAUAUCUCUCUGACCUUUAUUUUUUACUCAGAUCUUUUUUGUUUUUAAUAAGGGCUAAAUUUUAUUUUCUUGGCAAAAAAAAUCCUUUGAAACCUUAAUACUUAAUUUAGUGUAAGGCCAAUUUUUGUCCGAUUAUUUGCUUGCUUUUGUUUUCUCAAUGGUUCAUGUCUCUCAAUGGAGCCAUAAUACAGAAUCGCUAGAGUUCUUUUUAAGACAACGGUAGCUUAAGUCAAAAACUGGCGCCGACAUCCACAAUGAUCUUUUUCUCUCCUCAUUUACUUUUCACUGAGAAAAAGUCUUCCUUUAUUUCUUAACAUUUAAAAAUUCACAAAUUUCCAUCAACUUUUCUGUGUUUCCCCUUUUUCUUAUUUAAAUCUUUUCUUGAUUUAAGAGUCUUGAUUUCCGGCAAGGAAACUAAAGACCAAAGACAUAUCAUUGCCAAAUACAAAACAAGCUUUGUCUGUCCUUUAAAUAGGUUAAAUGCUUGGAUUUGAUUUGAAAAAUACCUCUAGCAGCUUUCUGAUACUUGCUUCUUUAUUAGAAUUUUACGUAGAAUUAGAUUCGGGUAACAAAAAUUGCUUAAAGUAACUGCAAAGUAAGAUAUGAAUGUUUUCAGUUAGCAGUGAUAUUGGUAAAUCUGAAUUGCCUGUUCAAAUGAAAAACAAUACUUUUCAAGAGUCAAAUGGUGCACUACAACGGUUGUGGUGGGCUUCCUAAUCAAGCAAAGUUCCCUCUCUGCCCUGUUUUGUUUAAAGUGUAAACAACGUGCAACCACCGAGCCACCAGGGCCAAGAUUGAGGCCGGCAUAUUUCCAUGCUGCAAGUCUUUGCAAGUAGUCUUAUUGCUGCAAUGUAUAGUGUGCGAUUUAAUUGGGGGUAAAGUUUUGUUUUUUCUUGAGUAGAAGGUUUGAAUUUUUGCAUCAGAAAACAUUAAAAAAACAUUAAAUAUCUCGGUCAGGAGUAAUUUUAGCAAUUUUCAUUGUCCAAGUUGUGUUCUAUCUGGAAUUUUAAGCAGGAAACAUGUGUAAGAAUGCUUUCAUUCGUAUUUUGUCCAGUGGUCCAUUGCGGAGGUAGGUGCAAGAGAGCCUUCAGCUCAAGGUUCUUUUUUUACCUGAAAGUCGGCUUGCAUCAAACUCCUCAAUUUUCAUGGAGUAAAUUUUUGUCAUUCAAACUCUUAAUUUUUUUGACCUCUCUUCCUCUUAAUUUCCAAUCAUAAAAACUUAUGAUUGUGAAUUUUAGAUUUGCAUUCUACCUUUGUCGUUGGUAUGAUUAUUCCUUUUUCACCAAUUCAAGAUCAUGUACAAUUCAUUGCUGUUUUUCAGUGAAAUUACGCAUGGUUGUUCUUUUUUUAUUACUAUUAUUAUGACUUUCACCACGCCUAAAAGACGGAACCCCCCCCCCCCCAUUAUUAUUAUUAUUAUUAUUAUUAUUAUUAUUAUUAUUAUUAUUAUUAUUAUUGAAAGACCAACCUACCUAUUCAUUUAAUAUUUACAUCUUCAAAAAAAGUUGUUUAUUGUAUAUACGUUUAAUUUGUUGCUUGUUCAUCGAUCAGCUUGUUUGUUUCUUAACUUUUUGAGUUGUUUCGAAAUAAGGGGUUGUAUACUUUAAAAGUUCCCAAACUUUAAUUUUGUGCCAUGCUCAGUAAGGAAUCUAAGGUGUGUCAUGUUUAGAGGUUGAAAUUGUAAACAAAUUAUAUUCAAGGGACUUUCUCCAUGCACCUAUAUUUUUCUGCCUCUGAACUUUUGAAGCCAAUUUGAAACACUCAAAACUCUCAAACCAGCCGUGGACAACUUGUAAGCUUAUUUCAUUUUCGUUUUUAUUUGUAAGCAAGUGAUUCAUAAAUCUUUACCGACUAAAUCAAAUGGCUGUACAGGAAAAAUAAGUCAGUUACAUAAUUGUAAAUUUAGAACUUUAAUUAAAACUACAACCAAUUAUUAGAAAGUCCUUCAAAGCUGCUUACCACAUAAAAGAAAAGAAAAAUGAAUUAGGUUCCUCAACUUUUUACCUAUCUGAUGACAUCGAUCUAGAAACAACGUCGUUCAAGGAGAAGAAAAUAAUGAUAAGCAAACAUUUUUCUCUAUGUUUUAAUCCGUUUGAAUUCAUUUGAAGUAGAGCUGAUAUUCUAUAAAGAGAUAAAAACGGCAAUGCUAGCGAUUCAUAUCUCUACAUUGUAUCACAUGAAAGACUUGUUUUUAAGAUUCUUUUAUAAUGCUUUCUUUUCACUCCAGUUUUCAACCAUCCAAAAAGACAGGUUAACUCUAACCACAAUGGUGCAGUUCGAUUGGUUAUGAGACUAAUUCAGACCAUUGGUUGUGAGUUGUGAGUCAAUAGGUAUUUUAUCAAUCAGGAUACAGUAUUUUGACAGUAAAAUGUAGUGAAGAUAUUAUCACAUAAAAUCGGGCAAAGACAAUAGACGUAGUUCCUACGUCAGCUAAAAUCUUUUCAUGGGAAAUGUAAUAUUCUUCAAGAAUGUUUUCAGAAAAGCUCAAAUAAAUUAAAAGAGCAUUCCUAAACCUCUAGAUAUUAGUAUUUUGUGAUUGACUUACAGAGUUUUGAAUAAGUCAAGCUACUCACCACUUUUAUCUUGAGUUCCAUUCCUCCGCGCUAAAGAAAAACGUCACAUGAGCCUUCAAACGUUGCCAAAUUUCCUUCGACAACUUACAAAAUUUUGGAAAAAUGUUAAGUAGUUUGCUUGAAAAUUUUCAGAGAAUUUGAUUUAAAGUGGCAAAAAAUUGUUAAUGAAAAUUGUGCAUAACAAUCCGUAAGAGUAAGUAUUUUUUAAGAGUGAAUUUGGCAACAUUCAAAUGUUUAUUCGGAGUUUUUUUUUUUUUUUGGCACAGCUGUAAUCCUGCCGAGAAAUCAAAACUGUCCAUUAACAGGAGCAAAUCUUUUCCCCCCUUUGCCCUCAGUGAUUGAACUGUGCAUUUUAUAAUGAAGUGUGCACAACAAGUGUGUUGCAAAAGAAGAAACAUUUGUGUAAGAAUUUGUAGAUUGGAGGAUGCAGAUAAAUUGUAAUCAAUUGUGAACUUCUUCCUCUGUGUCACCUCAAUUCUUGCACUCUAUUAAGAAGAAAGUACCUACGUGAACUUGAGAUAAUAGUCUUAGGAAAGAAUGUAACUAUUAUAUAUUGCAUUUCAAUAUAUAAUUCACUGUAUCAGAGGCCUUUUUACAAUACAAAAACAUGCACUCGGGUAAUUCAAAAAUGAAAUUUAGUUUUACCAGUCCUAAUCAAAUUUUGACUGAACAAUUGUUUGCAUCAGGAGUCUCAGAAGGUUAUGUCCUCUUUGCUAAAGUAGCCUCAAGUGUAAGGGAAACAAAAAACUGAUGUCACCGUUGUAUAUACAGAUUAUCGAUAAUUAUUGGAUUUUAUCAUUUGUUUUAAGUAGUUUGUAAGUAAUUAUUUUUAUCAAUUAGCGCAAGAUUUGUUUUGUUGAUUCAUCUUUGCUCGUUUGUAUGUUUCUUGUUUUUGAAAUAUUCCUUGAGAACAGUAUUUUUUAUAUCUCGUUCCUUCCUCGUUUCUAGAUAAUUCAGUAUUUGAUUCUUAGAUUUACUACCUUCGUUUAUCUUUUCUAACUGUAUUGUUUUUUUACUUUUCUACUUUUUUAAUCCCGUUUGUAUCAGUAAUUUAUAGUAUAAAUAGACUCUCCCUGAUGGUAUUCCAAUGAUA